GUUGAGAGAGAGUGAGAGAGGCGACCUCGACGCUCAUUGCGGGGGAAGAGAGAGAGAGAGAGAGAGAGAGAGAGAGAGAGAGAGAGAGGGAGAAGGAGAAGGAAUAGGAGAGCCAUUUCCGACACGGAGAGGAGGAGAGCUCCCCUCUCUCUCUCUCUUCACGCGUCUCCGCAGCGCGAGCUUCGAUCUGUAUAUAUGGCGAUCUAGGGCGUGUUCCCGGGUUCGAUCGGUGCAUUUGGGGCGUUUUGGGGUUCGAUCUCGAGAAGGAGUGGGAGAUCCGGUGCGAAUCGAGUAUUUGGCGUAGUGGAACUCUGUUUCUCUUCGAUUCCUGCUUAGAUCUGUGAAUAUGGUAGUCUAGGGCUUGUUUUUGGUUCGAUCGGUGGUAGAUCUCUCUCUUCUUCGCAAUUCUAGUUUAGAUCUGUGUAUAUGGAAAUCUAGGGCUCGUCUUUGGCUCGAUUGGUGCGAUUUUGGGCAAAUCUAGUCUAGAUCUCUCUACUUUCCAAAUUCUUGUUUGGAUCUGUAAAUAUAGAGGUCUAGGGCUUUGUUUUUGGGUUGAUCGGUGCUAUCAGGGCGUUUCGGUUAUCGAUCUAGAGAUCUAGGGGGAGAUCCAGUCCGAAUCGAGUACUUCCUUGUAGAACUCUCUCUGUAUCUGGUUUUAGUUUAGAUCUGUAAAUAUACUGGUCCAGGGCUUGGUUUUGCGUCGAUUGGGACAACGAUCUCGGGGAGGAGUGGUAGAUCUGGCGAUUCGGAGCGAUUUGGUGUCGAUCUCGGGUUCUAGUGGGGUAUUUGGUGCGAAUCAAGCAUUGGCGUUGUAGAUCUCUCCCUCUCUUUCCAAUUUUAGUUUAGAUCUGUAAAUAUGAAAACCUAGGGCUUGCUUCCGGUUCCAUUUGGUGCUUUGCCGUUGAAGAUCUGGCGAUUCGGAGAAUUUUCAGGGCCGAUCUCGAGUUCUCGUGUGAGAUCAGGAGACAAUUAAGAUGGAGCACUGUCCGGUGAUGCGAAAUACCAUCAGUCAAUUAACCUUGGAAUGCAUGACCGACAGAAAAUCCCGAUUUUGGCAAUUCGAUGCUCAGACAAUGCCUAGGGUGGAAGUCAUUUGCCCGAAACCUCGGCGGGCCUCCUGUGUCCCGUUCUUCAUGGAAAGUCUGAGCAGAGUCAGCCCCAUGCCGAAUAGGGGCGACUGCACUCCGGACAACCUCGACAUUAUCCUGAGCAAGGAUGACUCUGAUAGCGAUCUCGAUCCAAGCAGCCCUACGGACUUCUUCUCUGGGUCGCCCCCGGUACGCAGCACCAACCCGCUAAUCCACGAUGCACAGUUCCUCAAACAAACCCAAUUUACAAAAAUAGCUUCCCCUUUAGGAAACUCACUGGGUAAAAAGCCUGCGGGUAAAGCCGAAAUCGGCUCCCCGUCCUGUGGGGCUGCUUCUUCUUUCGGAGGUAACCCUAAAGUAAGAAUCGAAGGUUUUUCUUGCGGGAACUCCGAGCCCCACUGCGUGGUCCCCGCUCUUGCUUGAGCCCCUUUUUGAAACCCUAACUCAUCAAACUCAUCGUCGUUUACUAUAUUAAAAACUUUUUUUUGUUCAACUUUCCUAGCAAAUGGAUUAUGGAAUCGGCUUUCUAAACCUUCACCUAAUGAUUAAUCCUAAGCGCAAAUUGAAGAGGGUUUCUCGGUGUACAUAUAAGAGGUAUCCAUGUAUUUACUACUACUACAUAUAAGAGGUAUCCAUGUAUCUACUACUACUGCUACUUAACUACUACUACUACCGCCACCUUUUGAGUCUCUGAUAGUUAAAGAGUAUUAUAUCAUGAGUCGUAGUUGGAGUGUUGAAAGAAGCUGUUGUAAAUAGAACUCCUUUUUGUAUGAUAGUUACCAAUCUUAUAAUAUGAUGAUGCAUUUUGUUGUGAACUUGCCUAGUAAGAAUCAAAAACAGUUUAUGUUUGUUCCA